GGUCCUCGGGACCAACCAUUUUGUGAUGAGGCUACCAUUGACACCAUCCGAUUGACAUUCUUUGAUGGCGAGGACUCGUUUGGCGCUCAGUGCCGUGAUGAUUUUGUUUCUGUCUUAGAUGAAAACGACGAGCCCGAGCUACCUGUGGCUAUGAUUUAUGCAAUAUUGAAGGAUUGGAGUAGCGGCAACCCGCCUUCAAGUGCACAAGUCAAAUCGUUCAAUGCCUCCUCCCACGUUGCGUUUACAAGGCUCACCAAGCGACUCUCACACGCAUCUUUGAUGGUAGUAGAAAGAAGUACCAUGCGCUGA